CUGAACAAAUUCACAUUAUUUUUGAUUUCAGAUCUUUUGAUUUCAAGUCAUCAAUAUUUGCUAGUCAUCAGCCUCCUCAAAAUGUCCGCAUUUUUCUUUUCGCGAAGAUUGGCUCUCGAGACAACACGCUGUUCACGCCGCACAUUCUCUACGACCCCGCGAUGGCAUGCAGACCCAUGGCCUCUUCCGCAUACCCCACAACACCUCUCCAACACUCAGACUCCUUCUGAUAUUCCCCCACCCACUCCUAUCCCACGUCCGGGUGAGUUAAAGGAGACCUUGCGUGCAAGACUCGUCUAUCAGAGCAGGAAACGCGGGACGUUGGAGAGUGACCUCCUACUGAGCACAUUUGCAAGAGAUAACCUGGGGUCGAUGGACGAGGUAGAGCUGAAGGAGUAUGACAAGCUACUCGACGAGCCCGAUUGGGACAUAUAUUAUUGGGCAACUGAAAGCCGUGCACCACCUGAGAGGUGGGCGAAGUCACCCGUGCUGGAGAAGCUCAAGAUACAUGCAAAGAAUGAGGGAAAGGUCGUGCGCAAGAUGCCUCCGCUGUAGACGUAGCAAUGAAUCUAUAGCUGCGUUAUCAUCAUGUCCUCGUUUUGCAUGGAGUCUGAACAGAACGCGCAAACCGUGCUGUCUGCGCCAUUGACAGAGUACGGGUAUACGAUCUAUAGGAUGGUAAUCUCGUUUAGUACUGAACAG